AUGUCUGUACCAAGAUUCCGAAAAAUAAACUAUGGAGCAUAUGAUAAUUACGUUCCAGUCAGUGAAUUAAGCAAAAAAUCAUGGAAUCAACAACACUUCGCCCUAGCAUUUCCAAAACCACCCCGGCCCGGAACAAAAAGAAGAUCAACACCUUCCCAAUUAGAAGAAAAAUCAGUUUCUAGCUAUCGUGAAGAAAAAUUAAAGGAAGGUCGAACGCGACCAUUAUGGAUGCAUCGUUCUUUAAUGACUAUUUCUGAGCGACCAUCUGUCUAUUUAGCUGCAAGGAGGCGGCCCCCAACCAGACCAACCUCCAGGAAGUUUUUGAGAGAAGCACAUGCCAGACCACAAUUACCUCCAAAGAAAGAAGACAAGAAAGUAGACAAAAAGGACAAAUCAGAUUCAGAAACAGAAUCCAAAUUUUCAAUGGCAUCAAAUAAAGAUAAGAAAGGCAAGGAUAUACCUCUUGAAUCUGAGGAUGAAAAAGAUGUCCAAAAAGUUAAAAAAGAGUCAAAGAAGGGCAAAAGUGCAGAACCAGAGAUUGAAAGUGAAAAGGGAAUUAUAAAGAAAGAUUCUAAGAAAGAUAAGAAAGAUGCCAAGAAAGAAAAGAAAGGGUCUAAGAAGGUGAAGGGUACCGAUACAGACACUGAAAGUGAAAAAGGAGAUGUAAAAGAAGAUGCCAAGAAAGAAAAGAAAGGGUCCAAGAAGGUGAAGGGUACCGAUACAGACACUGAAAGUGAAAAAGCGGAGGUAAAGAAAGAUGCCAAGAAAGAAAAGAAAGGGUCCAAGAAGGUGAAGGGUACCGAUACAGACACUGAAAGUGAAAAAGCGGAGGUAAAGGAAGAUGCCAAGAAAGAAAAGAAAGGGGCCAAGAAGGUGAAGGGUACCGAUACAGACACUGAAAGUGAAAAAGCGGAGGUGAAGGAAGAUGCCAAGAAAGAAAAGAAAGGCUCAAAGAAGGUCAAGGAGUCAGCUACCAAAACUGAAAAAGAAGAUGUAAAGAAAGAAAUUCAGAAAGAAAAGAAAGAUUCAAAGAAGGUCAAGGUUUCAGCCGCACCAUCUGAAACUGGAAAAGAAGAUGCAAAGAAGGAUAAGGGUGGAAAGAAGGAUGCAAAAGAUGUAAAAACAACUGAAGAGAAAGAUACUCAAUCAAAGGAUGAGGACAAGAAGGAUUUAAAGAAGAAAGAUAGUAAAAAGGAUAAGAAAGAUGAAAAGAAGCCCAGCAAGGCAAGCAGUGAAUCAACUGUUGAUACUAAGAAAGAGUCCAAGAAAGGUUCCAUAAAAGAUAAGAAAGAUGCUAAGAAAGAUGCUAAGAAAGAUGCAAAGAAAGAUGCUAAGAAAGAUGUCAAUGCAGAAUCGGGUGAUGCAAAGAAAGAGGAAAAGAAGGAUACUAAGAAUUCAAAGAAGGGAAAAUAG